AUGCGGGAUAGCUCUCUUAAGCGCUCCCUCGGAGCGGACCUCACCCGCUCCCUCAAAGAGUCACGCGUUCUUCUCGUCGGCGCAGGCGGUAUCGGCUGCGAGCUACUGAAAAACCUCGUCCUCACCGGGUUCGGCGAAAUCCAUAUCAUCGACCUCGAUACCAUUGAUUUGAGCAAUCUGAACCGUCAGUUCCUUUUUCGACAUGAGCAUAUCAAGAAAUCAAAGGCCCUAGUACGUCCAACCGACCCACCCCGCGCGCUUGCGCCGCUCUCUUACGAAUCCCCCGAGUCGAGCGCCGCGCAUUCGCAUUGUGUUGCCAAGGAGGUUGCGCAAAAGUUCCGGUCUGACGCGAAGCUCGAGGCCUACCAUGCGAACAUUAUGGAUGCUCAGUUUAACAUCUCGUGGUUUGAGUCCUUCAAUGUCGUAUUCAAUGCGUUGGACAACAUCGCCGCUAGACGACACGUGAACAAGAUGUGCCUUGCAGCCAAUGUACCCUUGAUCGAAAGUGGAACUACAGGCUUCAAUGGCCAGGUUCAGGUUAUUCAGAAGUCGAAAACAGAGUGCUACGAUUGCACCCCGAAACAAACCCCUAAGUCGUUCCCUGUGUGUACGAUCCGCAGCAACCCCAGUCAGCCGAUUCAUUGCAUCGUUUGGGCGAAGAGCUUCCUAUUACCGGAACUUUUUGGCAAUAGCGAAGACGAGGCACCUGAGGUCGACAACUCAGAAAAUGCAGAUAACGCAAAUGAAAUUGCGGAACUGCGCAAGGAAGCACUGGAGCUCAAAGAGUUACAACAAUCGAUUGGCACCGAGGAAUCCUACCAGAAGGUCUUUGAUAAAGUUUUUCGAAAGGACAUAAUACGAUUGCAGGGCAUGAAGGAGAUGUGGAAGGAAGCGAAGCAACCAGAACCCCUUGACUUUGCUCAACUCGAAGAAGAAUCCGCUUCGAUUCCCUCGACAAUCUCCACGGAUGACCAGAAAGUGUGGACAUUGGCGGAGAAUUUCAGUGUUUUCAAGGAUAGCUUGAACCGGUUGACCCAUCGUCUGAAGCAACUCCAAGAAAAUAACCCCCCAGAUCAAGACUCUCCAAUCCUGACAUUCGAUAAAGAUGACGUGGACACUCUGGACUUCGUUACCGCCACAGCUAAUCUACGAGCUGCUAUUUUCCACGUUGGACUCAAAUCCAAAUUCGAUGUUAAGCAGAUGGCGGGCAAUAUCAUUCCUGCAAUCGCAACCACGAAUGCGAUGACGGCUGGACUAUGUGUUCUUCAGUCAAUGAAGGUGUUUCAAAACAACUUGAUGCAAGCCAAAAUGAUCUUCCUAGAGAGAUCCGGUGCUCGUGUGAUCAAUUCGGACUCACUAAACCCCCCAAACCCCGAUUGUGCGGUCUGUUCCCCUGUGGUGGCUCGGGUCGAAGUCGACUCUGAGGUCGCAACCCUUGAACACAUCGUCAAAGGCGUUCUCCAGAUGGAGCUUGGUUAUGACGAAGAGGUUUCCGUUGCUUUUGGCAGUCAACUAAUUUACGACCCCGACUUCACCGAUAAUUUGACGGAAAAGUUGUCCGACCUUGGCAUUAAGAAUGAGAGCUUUAUAACGGUAAAGGACGACAAUGAACCAGACACGCGAGUUAAUCUCGAGCUAGUGAUCGUGGCACGAGAUGAACCAUCUUCUAAGGAAUCCAAGCCUGCAACGAUGCAGAAGAUGGUCGAAAUACCCCUAAAGCCCGCGAAGCCUGCGCAGCCUUCCCCUGAUCUUGCAGCAAACGGUGAUGCAACUGUGAUUGGGAAGCGCAAGCGUGAGGGAUCAAGUGACGAACUUGAGCUCAGCAGCCACGAUGCCAAACGGCUCGCCAGUGCACCCAUUCCUGACCCAAAGAGCAUCGAAGCAAUCGUUCUUGACGAUGAUGAGGGUGGUGCAAUCACGAUCGACGAUUAA